AGCUCGGAUAUAAAAGCCGCCAGACGCAGUGUUCGGAUCAUCAGCUCCUGAUCCUCCAUCUGCUUCACUUCAACCAUGUUCCGCGCUUGCCUCGUCCUCGCCUUGGCCACCGGCGCCCUCGCUGGCCUGUACCACGGUGACGCUGGCCUCGGUCACGGAGCCGCUCUUACCUACAGCACCGGGCUCGGCUACGGAGCCGGUCUCGGUUACGGAGCUGGCCUUGGCUACGGAGCAGGCCUUGGUUACGGAGCAGGCUAUGGUUAUGGAGCAGGCCUCGCCCACGCUGUUGGCCUUAACCACGGCGUCGCUUACUCCGGUGUGACUGGCUUUGGCUACGCCCCAGCAGCUAGCUACGCUGUCGCGGCUCCAGCCGUUGCUCGCACCGUGUCCACCUCCUACCAUGCUGCCCCAGCUGUUGCUGCCGUUGCUCAUGCUCCGGCCGUGGCCACUUACGCUGCUGCACCAGCCGUCACCAGGGUCGCUACCUACCAGGCCGCCCCAGCUCUCACCACCUACCAGGCCGCUCCAGCCGUGACCAGGGUCGCUACUUACCAGGCCGCCCCAGCUGUCGCUCAGGUGUACCAGGCAGCUCCAGCUGUCACUAAGGUUGCCACCACUUACCAGGCUGCUCCAGCUGUCACCAGGGUCUACCAGUCCGCUCCAGCCAUCACCAAGGUUGCCACCUACCAGGCUGCUCCAGCUGUGGCCACCUACCAGGCUGCUCCAGCCGUUACCAGGGUCUACCAGUCUGCCCCAGUUGUGGCUGCUGCCCCAGCUGUGACCAGGUUUGCCACCUACCAAGCCGCCCCAGCCGUGACCAAGUUUGCCACCUACCAGGCUGCCCCAGCUGUGACCAGGGUCUACCAGUCCGCCCCAGCCGUGACCAAGGUUGCCACCUACCAGGCUGCUCCAGCUAUUGCCACCUACCAGGCUGCUCCAGCCGUGACCAGGGUCUACCAGUCCGCCCCAGUUGUGGCUGCUGCUCCAGCUGUGACCAAGUUUGCCACCUACCAGACCGCUCCAGCUGUUACUAGGGUCUACCAGUCUGCUCCAGUCGUUGCUGCCGCCCCCGCUGUCGCCACCUACGCUGCCGCUCCCGCUGUGACCCGCACCGUGUCCACCUCUUACCACGCUGCCCCAGCUGUUGCCACUUACGCCGCUGCUCCAGCUGUUGCCGUGGCCCACGCUCCAGCUGUUGCUGUGGCCCACGCUCCAGCUGUUGCCGUGGCACACGCCCCAGCUGUUGCCAGCUACCAGACCUACGCCGCUGCCCCAGCUUUCGCCACAGUGGCCCAUGCCGCCCCAGUCUACGGCUAUGGCGUCAGCAACCUCGGAUACGGUGUCGGCCACUACGGCUACGGACACGGUCUGGGCAGCUACGGCCUCAACUACGGUUAUGGUCUCGGUACCCUUGGCGACUACACCAGCCUUCUCCGCAAGAAGAAGUAAACAUCUAUCCUAGGAGCUUUGAGCGACCUGGACACUUCACCCAAAAAAGAAAAAAGCCAUACGUCACAAGUUUUGAUAGUACUUUUUAUACUGUAAGAAAAAUAAAAAGACUUGGUUUUAACA